CACCCGCAUCACACUCCUCACACACUCAUCAUCCUCAUACUCUUCAGCCCGACUCCUCUUUCUUUACCACACUGGAUGUGCGGUAAAAUUCCAUUGAUUCUGGAAAAUUACAAAGAUACUCAAGAUCAGGACAAUAAGGGUGGGGCUGUGCGCUGAGAUGGCAGCUUUAUUCCGGGACCUGGGUCUCCUCCUCCUCCUCACAACUUUGGCUGUUUCCUCCAGCUACGAACCCACAUCUCGACUCCCCAAGAAGGGCAAGCUGGCAUCGCCUGGCCGUGCCAACACCCUGCAGGCCCUGAACCUGUGGAUGCAGCAGGGUUUACACCCCUAUAGGCGUAGCAGCAGGGUCAGCGGGGGGCUGCCAUCCCGCCACUCAUCGAGGCUUCUGUGGGGCAACGAGGAUGCUGGGAUGGGGCCGGAGGGCCUCGAACCUGUCAAACUGGAAAGAGGCCCUGUAGGAGAGAAGGAGAAUGACUUUGGCGCUCGUACCACAUUCCACCAACAGGACAACCAUGCUCCUGGCAGUGAGGCCGUACCGAAGCACUGGAGACACCAGUUCCGUUCGGGGUACGAGAAACUAAUGGACCACAGGGGCCCAGUUCGCCAUGGAAAGGGAGACCUUGCACAGGUCAUGUUGGCUUCUGAUCCAAGGGAGGCAGAGAUUUUUGAGGACCAGUCCUUGAGGGUGGCCUCCACAGGGAAUAACGCUCUGCCCUCAGUGACACCAUCCACAGCUGUUGUCAGCUCCAGUAUAUCCCUGGUAACUACGGUGACGUGCGAGGAACCAAAGGUCCUACCUCAAGUUUCUACAAAACCCCAGAAACCACCUGCAGUGCCAGCAUCCUGGAAGGCCCAGGGUGAGGUGAUGCCUACCCUGGACAUGGCCCUCUUUGACUGGACAGACUAUGAGGACCUGAGGCCAGCAGACACCUGGCGGGAUCCCAGAAAGAAAGACAAGCGUCGCAGUAAGAACCUCAAACCUGGAAACAUGACCAUGGACAGAGAAGCCAUGAAGUUGUGUGAUCACCACCUGGACUGCAGGCCAGGUUCCUGCUGCGACCUGAGGAAUCACGUGUGCACACCACAUAACCGUGGGCUCAACAACAAGUGCUACGAUGACUGCAUGUGUGAGGAAGGGUUCCGCUGCUAUGCAAAGUUCCACCGGAAACGACGGGUCACGCGGCGAAGGGGCCGUUGUGUGGAGCCUGAGUCAGCCGACCGUGAGCAGGGGGCCUUCAUCACCAUCUAAGA